AUGCACUUCAAGUCUUUCUCGAUCGACCGCUCGAGCACCCCCCGCCCGCCACCACCACCACCCACUGUUGAUAUUUCAUCCAGCGUCCCCAUGCCAGCCAUCCGAGAGCACGUACCGGGCAUGUCACGCUCUACCAGCCAAACGCGUACCAUUGUGGCGCCUGUGACACCCACCCGCAAAGUCUUCCGUCGACGUCGUAGCAUGCUUGAGCGCUGGCUGAAUGACCAGCACGACUCGGACGAUGACCUCAACCAUCAAUACGAACCGCAGACGGCCGUGCGCACGACGUCGCCAUACGUUGGAACAUCGGACCGAGGUGCCGGUGCGAGCGCCUCCAGCUUCGUCCUCGUGGCCGCAAGCGAGGACCAGGAGAUGGGCGCGGAGGCCUAUGACCCGUCGACCGUUUCCUCGUCCGCCUUUCCCUGGAGCAUGACCUCGUCAUCGUCCCCCGCGUCGACGCGGCCAAGGACCUACUCGCCGUUCAAAUUCUCUCGCCCGUCCGUGCUCUCGACGUUCACGCCCUCAAAGACGCCCUCAUCGCUCUCCCCCUACACUUAUGCCCAAGAUGCGACGCCUGAAUCUUCCCGGCCCAGCUUCACUUCCACGCGCACGGCCUCGAGCUCAAAUACGAUGACAUCCUCCGAUGCGUCCACCAGUCGCCCAAGUUCGUCCGCGCGCUACAAGGCGCCGUCCCCCUCGCUCUGGUCGCUGCCGAUGGAUGCGUCCCACGCGCGCGACCCACCGGAGACCGAGCGCACGCUUGCUGCAGGACACCGGACGUCCACGCACACUUUGCGCGGCUUCAUGGCGCCUCUCGCCCGUCCCAAACGCCGGCUAGUCGUCAGUGGUAUUGGGCCCGGUGAAACCCAGCGGACGGAACGGCUGUACCAGUGGGCGAGCCGCUUCGGCGAGGUGCGCGAGAUGGUGCGCGCGCCGAACGGGCGGGAUCUGCUCAUCGACUUCCGCCGCGCCGAGGUUGCCGACACCGUGUGCCGGUUGAACGCGCGGGUGUUUAUCCCCGAGGUCGGGAGCGUCGCGCUCUCAUACUUGGAGACUGCGCGCAGGCGCUAG